UCCUCAGGCUCUUUGUGCGCAUGCGCGCUCGUACACCUUCUCUCCCUGCGGAGCACGGCUGAGUCAGUCAGUCUGUCGGAGUCAGUCUUCCGAACAGGCUACGGCGGGUACCUCGGAGAGCCAGCUGCUGGAUUAUUCUGUGUCCCCUCCCACUCUCCCGUCCCACGUCUCUCUUCACCCUUCUCCCGCCCUUGCUCGUGCAGCCAUGGCGGAAUCGUCGGCGGCCACUCAGUCCCCGUCAGUCUCCUCGUCGUCCUCCGGGGCCGAGCCGUCAGCGCUCGGCGGCGGCGGCGGGAGCCCUGGAGCCUGCCCCGCCCUGGGGGCGAAGAGCUGCGGCUCCUCGUGUGCGGUGCAUGAUCUGAUUUUCUGGCGAGAUGUGAAGAAGACUGGAUUUGUCUUUGGCACUACACUGAUCAUGCUGCUCUCUCUGGCAGCUUUCAGUGUUAUCAGUGUGGUCUCUUACCUCAUCCUGGCUCUUCUCUCUGUCACCAUCAGCUUCAGAGUCUACAAGUCUGUCAUUCAAGCUGUGCAGAAGUCAGAAGAAGGACAUCCAUUCAAGGCCUACCUGGAUGUGGACAUUACACUGUCCUCAGAAGCUUUCCACAACUAUAUGAAUGCUGCAAUGGUGCAUGUCAACAAGGCCCUCAAACUCAUUAUUCGUCUCUUUCUGGUAGAAGACUUGGUUGACUCCUUGAAGCUGGCUGUCUUCAUGUGGCUGAUGACCUAUGUUGGUGCUGUUUUUAAUGGAAUUACCCUUCUGAUUCUCGCCGAGCUGCUUGUUUUCAGCGUCCCAAUUGUCUAUGAGAAGUAUAAGACGCAGAUUGACCACUAUGUUGGGAUUGCCCGGGAUCAGACCAAGUCAAUUGUUGAAAAGAUCCAAGCAAAGCUUCCUGGAAUCGCCAAAAAAAAGGCAGAAUAAGCACAUGGAAGCCAGAAUUGCAACAGUUACUAAAACACCAUUUAAUAGUCAUAACAUCGUCACUUGUACUAUGAAGGAACUUGCUCAGUGUCAGCCAGUUUGGUUCCAAGUUGUUUGUUCUUUUUAAUUUGGUGUUCUCCCCUCCUCUCCCUUUACCCUCAGUACCAAGCACAAGAUGUGUUAGACUGAAAAAAGAACUGAUCUCUUAGAACCCUAAAGAAUAAAGAUUGAAUCAGAUUAAUAGAAUUACUGAGAGCACAGUGGUUGUGGAGCUUUACAUGUAUCAUAAGAGGGGAAUAGAAAAGAGCCAUGUCUCUAGGGUCCUCUAUCCAGUUUCAAGGACUCAUACACAGCUCCCAUUUACAAUUUUGCCCUUAUUUUUAAGUUAGGGAAUAAUGAUUAACUUAUGAAUAAAUAGUCUGGGGCAAGAGUGGGAUUUCUUCCAUUGGGUUUGUAUGGCCUUCCAGUCCCACAUUCCUGCCUCACACACAAGCAGCUACUCUUACUGCUCCUCUUCUUCCUUAAUGAAAGAACUGUCUGCUCUGAAUAACUUACAGGUGAUAGAGGUGAUUCCCUAUUUCCAGAAUGCCACUUGAGAAAUACAGGGUGGUGAGGGAGACACUGGAUGGAGCAGUCAGCAGGAGGGCAGCAGCCACCCUCUCUGCUGCUCUUCCUAGGGAAGGAAGGGCUCUGCCAGCUGGGAGGGCAGUGUCCAAGCCAUUGGUCUGGGGUACCAGUGUAAGUGAUGGUUUGAGAAAUCAUUCCAGAAUGUGCUUUUCCCUCUUUUCCUUGCCCACCUUACCUCAAGUUUAAUAAAUAUGGUUGUACUUUUCUUAUUAUGAAAUAAAUGUCUGUAACUGCUGUACACUGCUAUAAACUUGUUAAGAAAAAUAAUCUGCAUGUGGGCUCCCAGCCAUUGAGUUAUUGUAAUCCUAUCUCAGUCUGUGGGGAGUGAGGUACAGAAUAUGAAAAGCAUUCCUUCUGUUUCUUCCCUGCUGUUGCCACCCCUGCUGUUGCCACCAGUGCUUUGCAGUGCUUUAGCCUGAGGACCAAAGCCCCACUGACUGCAAGUCAUGUAGUCAGACUAAUCAGAGACUAGUUGUAGUCAGAGGCCUUGGCUGAUAAGAGGAGGUACAUUUCUAAAAGCAUGACACGCAGCUGCUUUCAGUCAGUGCAGUUCUGAAAGGAUCUCCAUUUUCAGACAUAUUGAUGAAAUAGUCUGAACCAUGAACCACAGUACUCAUUUUAGAGAGUGUUUUCCAGAACUUUUAGGUUGUGUGUGGCCAAGCAAGACCAGGUGAUACUGAUAAGACAACAGAACUUACAAUGGCAUCAGUGGAGGUGUCUGGGGAUCUUGAUUUCUUAUCUGAGACCUUGCAUCUCUCCUUCAGCAUGGAAACCCAGUCAGCUUGAAAACUGGCAUCCAAGAGUCCUUCAGUUCUCAGCCCUGCUCUACUGUGAGAAAGUAAGAGCUGGGGACUUCAAGGUAUUUGAUGGUCACAAAGUUCUGUGACUGUAAAAGUAGGAAUGGGUCCUCUUUCCAAUCCUUUUGGGAAAUGACUUACAGAUUUCAAUAGAUAGAAUGCCUUACUCUGUUUUAAGUUUCUUUACCCCUGUACAUUUUGAAUCCUUGGUUUCCACUGUAGACAACACUCCAUCACCAUCCUCUGCCCUCCAUGGAAGCGAAUGCACCGAUGGUCUUUGGAGUCUCCUAACAAGGGACCCCAUUCUGCACUGGAAGCCUCCACACCUUGCUCUUUUCUUUGUUGCUGCCGCUGUGUUAAAAUAAUUAGAAAGAUUUCUGUGUCACAUGAGAGUUUGUUGUUUUUUUUUUUUAAGAAAAAUGUAGAGAUGAAAAAUUACUAAUGAAAUUGUGUACGUGUCUGUGCGUGCAAAAUAAAAUACAGUAGUACCAAGGAGUUCUUUUGGUCCCUGUAAAACUGCAAAUUGAUGUAUUAAUUAUAAAUAAAACACACAGUGACUGUC